AUGACUUUCAGGGUUGAAUUGGUGUUUUUAAAGGUCAUCAUCAGCUUCAGAAGUGGAUCCUGAGUGAUGAGCAGAGUCUGGGAUGAUGGCUACCCUUGGGACAUGUUUUUUAUCACCCGAUUUGCAAUCUUCCUCAAAAACAACUUACCAACUGCCAUCUCUGACUGGUGGUACAUGAAACAGAUGAAUUGAAGGUCCAAGCACGAUAACUAUGGCUUGAUGCCUUUAAAUGUAACGCUGAAGAAAGAGCCUGUGUUUAAUGAUGUGCUCCUAGCUUGCAUUCUGUGUGGCACUGUGUCCAUUAAGCCUAACCUGAAGGCAUUCACAGAGACCUCGGCCAGUUUUGAGGAUGGGACCGUGUUUGAGGCCAUUGACUGUGUCAUUUUUGCAACAGUCUAUGGCAAUGCUUAUCCCUUCCUUGAUGACUCUAUCAUCAAAAGCAGAAACAAUGAGGUCACCUUAUAUAAAGACAUCUUCCCCCCUCUACUAGAGAAGUCAACUAUGGCAGUGAUUGGCCUUGUCCAAUCCUGUGGGGCUGCCAUCCCUACGACUGACCUGCAAGCUCGCUGUGCAGCACAAGUAAUAAAGGGAACUUGCACUUUGCCUUCUGUAGAAAACAUGAUGUGUGAUAUUGAUGAGAAUGGCGCAAAGCUCAAAUGGUUUGGCAAAAAUGAGACCAUACAGACGGAUUAUAUGGAUGAACUUGCCUCCUUUAUUGGAGCAAAACCCAGUGUCCUAUGGCUUUUGUUCGCAGAUCUUAAAUUAGCCUUGGAAGUUUUCUUUGGCCCUUGCAGCGCAUACCAGUUUAGGCUGGUGGGACCAGGGAAGUGGCCAGUGGCCAUCCUGACCCAGUGGGACUGAACACUAAAACCCAUGAAGACACGAGUUGUUGGGAGCCCUCAGAAGCCUUGCUUAUUCUUCCAUUGUCUCAAGCUCCUUGCUAUUCCUCUUCUGUUCAUUGCUAUUUUGCUUGUGUUGGUUUAA